AUGGCUAGCUCUCAAUUGAAUAUAUCAAAUCCUAAACCAAUUUAUAAUCGACGUGCGAAUGGUCAAUCUACUUCGAGGUCAGUACAAUCAUCAGGGAUGAAUGAUUUAAAAACUACCUUAAUUUCGAAAAUUCAAUCGAACAGAGGCUUGUUCAAAGGAGAGAUUCAAUGGUGCAGCAAUAUAUCCCUCAAUGAUUGGAAAACGCAUUAUCUCGAAAUCAAUAGUUCAGGUGGGCUUUGUCAUUCGGUAAGCCAAGAGAAUGUGGCUGGUUUAAGUGCCACGACCGCAAGAACUGAGACCUUCGAUAAGCCGAUUAUAAAGCACUUACAGUCGUGCAAACUUCAACUGAUAGAUGAUACAAAAAAUAUGUGGCCAAUAAUAAGAAUCGAGACAUACUAUACCACAGUGUACUUGCGAGUUGAACGGAGAGAUGCAUUUUUGGAUCUGUUUACAGCGUUAAUUUUCUGGACGAGCUUGAAGGAUAGAGGUAUAUUCAACAAAUGCUCUGUUAUACAGCCUAUAUUUGCAGAACAGCAAGAACCAAUGAAUCUUCUAGUAUGUCAAUUCAACGUUUACUCAACCAUUCCGCGCAAUAGAAAUGUUUCACUUAUAAAUAACGGUACCAGGCCAUUUUCGUCAGAGGGGUUAGCCGCAAAUGAAGAAAUGGGCUGGUAUUCGGCGAUGGGUAAGCUUAAUUCGAACGGCAAACUAGAUUUACUGCUUCAGAGUGAUGGUUCAUUACUAUGGACGUUUGACAUUUCUGAAUUAUUGAGAUCAGAAAUACAAAUUAUGGAUCCUUCUAUCCUUUAUAAUGAUACUUUUCUUUACCUAGGGAUUGUCCCUAAGCUUCGACAACAGCUCAGACUGUCAACUAAUUGCUCCUUUCAGUCGUGUUCCAGUAAAGACAAACACUCUCCUACUACUAUUGUACUUCAAUUUCCACUGCGUAUUGAUCUCGAAGAUUGGUUUGUUGCGCUAAAAACAUUUGCUAAAGAAGAGAAAGUUUCACUGAUUGGUACCGAUAAAUCUAACGAACUCAGAAUAUCCAAUCGGUUCAAGAUCUCAAUCUUGGAGGCGGAUUUUAGCGCCGUAAAUUUAACCAAUUACGACAACCACACAAGAAAAGAGGUUUCAACAGAGCUAUAUGCGACUAUUUCAAUAUGGGACCAUUGCUGGGCCAGAACAUCUAUCGUGACAGAUUCAAAAUCUCCAUUUUGGCGUGAAGAAUUCGAUUUCAACUUUUCGGUAAAGACAUCUCCGGUGUGCAUUGCUGUCAAGAUUGCUGUAAAUGGACGAAAAGAGUAUUCAGACGAAGAUAAGGUCCUUGGUGUGAUUGAAAUAACUCAAGAAAUGAUUAACGAUGGAAGUCUAAGCGCAGAAACAAGGGUACCCAUCUUCGACAUAGAAAAUAAGCAUUUUCAAUUGGGCACCUUAUGCAUUAAAGUCACCUCAAGUCUCAAUGCGAUACUUCCUUCGAUCAAUUUUUCUAAGUUGGAGUCAAUGCUUUGCAGGGUGAAUCUCACCAAGAUGACUGAUUACCUGUACGACUUAUCGAUUGCCGAAUAUCUCAAAUUGGAAGACCUCUCUGUGGUAUUCUUAGAUAUUUUUCAGUCAUUGGAUAGGACCAAUGAUUGGUUUCAGGCGUUGAUAGAAAAAGAACUGUCGAAUUUGGACCUGAGCGUAUCCAAAAACACCAUAAAGAAUCUUUCGUCCGCAAAUAUCUACAGUUCACUAUUCAGAGGCAAUUCCAUUCUAACAAAAUCGAUAGAGAGAUAUUUUAAUUGUGUCGGACAAGAAUAUCUUGAGAAGGCGAUGGGUCCCAUCAUACAAAAGGUUGUGGUAUCUGGUGUGUGUCUUGAGCUAGAUCCUAGCCGAAUCAAAGAAAAAGAUGCCCAGCUAAAGGAUGAAAUUCUCGAAGAGAACUACAGUCAGUUCCUGAAUCUAGGCGAAGAGUUGUGGUCUCGCAUAUAUCAUACGAGUAAUGACCUACCAAAUGGUAUAAAGGAGCAGUUAAAAGUUUUUAGAAAAAAUUUGGAGGGAUUUUACAAAAGUGAUGAGCUCAAGAGUACUCUCAACUGUGUUUCAGGAUUCCUUUUUUUGAGAUUUUUUUGUCCUGUAAUUCUCAAUCCCAAACUUUUCCAUUUAGUAACAAAUCAUCCUGAUGAAGGACCGAAAAGAACUCUGACGCUACUAGCUAAAGUUUUGCUCAACCUUUCUAACCUUACCCUAUUUGGGAAAAAAGAACCAUGGAUGACGAAAAUGAAUGACUUCAUCCUAAAACAUGGUGGUGAAUUGACAGAUUAUAUUGAAAAGGUCACAGACAAGAAACUUGAUUUUUCCACUAAAACUCUCAGAUUGAGCGACAGUCUAGCGCGACCUAAGAUUGUGCUAAACCAUAGUUAUCGAAGUGAGCUUCCCACCAAUCCUUAUCUCAUCGAUAAGCAUCUGAGAGAAACGGAAUUGAUAACUGUUUUGGCCAUUUCCAAUGGCCACCGAGACGAAGGAGUUCGACUUCCCAGCAGCUUGAGCAUGAACGGCCUAUCUAAAGAGCAUUGUUCUUCUAUGCCCAGUCCUAAGAUUGGCCAGAACAUUGGAGAGCUGGAGUUCGAGAAGUUGACGGAAAAUAAUGCUGAAAUAUUUGGCGAGGAUUUGAUGAAGUAUCUAGCGAUCGAACCCUAUGAUAGUUCAACGGGUAAAGAGAAGAGCAGUUCUAAAGCAAAGGAAUCAGAUCUCACCAAAACUUUAGAGCAAGAAUCAAUUCUUCUCUAUUAUAGACUCAAGCAUCUUACGGAUGUCUUAUCGGAUUACGAAUACCCUAACGAAAUAUUUUUGGGCAAAACUGAGUUUGCUCUUUACCUGGUAGAGAAUCUAUACCUCGACAAGGAAUCUAACGUAAGGCUUGAUCUUUCAGGCACGUUUGCUAAAAAUGAUGGUCUGAAGAAGUUGCACGCAAACCUUUUUCUAUCAGCUAAUGAGCCAAAUGGAUCCUACAAUCAGCGUUCCAGUGGUGAUUUAUCGCACUCUGCGUCACUAAACCAAAUACCAAAAUCGAAAUCAAAAGGCUCUAAUGCGCUUUCCAGUAGAAAGACCAAAGGGGAAACGAACGGAGAAAAUAAAACGAGUUUUAAGCUUCUCCGCCUUUUCAGAAAGUAA